AUGGGCAACUGCUUAUUCGGCGGUGGCUCCGGCCAGAUUCAGGGGAAGAUCAAAGUCAUAACCGCCAACGGGGGGAUCAUGGAGUUGGGUUCUCCGAUCACCGUCGGGUGCAUCGCCGACGAGUUCCCCGGGUACGGGAUAUUCCGGAGCCACGAUCUGUUCUGGAACCCGCUGCCCCACCAGGAGGAGCUUGUGCCCGGAAACGUACCGGAGGCGGCGGCGAUGGCGCCUUACAGAAUGUCGUUGGACUACCAGGGGAUUCUGAAGCGGUCGCAGACGGAGGUGUUUUCGAGGAGCGGUGAGAUUUGGAAGGUGAAAUUGGUGAUCAGUCCGAAACGGUUGGUGGAGAUAUUGGAGGAGGAAGGCCACACGCAGGAGCUGAUUGAGAGCGUAAGGACUGUGGCCAAAUGUGGAACCACCACCACCAGUAGCUUCUCUUCCAUGCCGUUUUCCGACCACUGGAGUUUGUCCACCAAUGCCACUCCCAGUUCUUCCUCCAAAAAUGGCGCCUUUUUGGGCUAG